GAUACAGAGUAGUAGGUUAGAUGUGAAUUUUAGCCUUGUUAGUUAAGGUCCCGUCUCAGAAUCCUUUAACUGCUAAGCCAGAAAGAAAAUAAACAGCUGCAAAAGUGGACGAGUAGCGACACUGCUUCUGGUUUACCAGGGAAGUCAGUGUUCUCCCCAACUUUUGCAAUGGAAGCAGAGUUGGAUCCCGAGCAACAGCAGAUGAUGGGAGGAGGUUUUCCCCAAACAAUGGAAAUUGAUCCCAGAAGGGCUCGAUUUCCAACCUCCAUUGUGUGGUCACCACUUCCUGUGAUCUCAUGGUUCAUUCCUUUCAUUGGUCACAUUGGCAUCUGCAGAGAGGAUGGAGUGAUAUUGGAUUUUGCGGGGCCUAAUUUUGUGUGUGUGGACAAUUUUGCAUUUGGAUCUCCCACUCGAUAUCUUCAAAUAACCAAAGAAAAGCAAUGUUGCAUCCCUUUGGGUCAGUCUGCAUACAAUGGUGAGGAAUGCUACAUGCAGGAUGAAACCGGAGUAGGUUUGAGGACUUGGGAUGCUGCACUACGAAAGAGCACUCAAGAAUUCCAACAUCGAUCUUACAAUCUCUUUACGUGCAACUGCCACUCGUUUGUUGCCAAUAAUUUGAACAGGUUGGGCUUCCAGUCUGGUGGAUGGAAUGUGGUGAACCUUGCAAUUUUCAUUUUAUUGAAUGGACGUUGGGUCAGCAAAGUAUCUAUGCUGCGAUCUAUCAUACCAUUUGUGGUUGUAUUUUUUCUUGGAGUCACAUUUGGGGGCUUCACCUUCCUAAAAUUUUGGUUCCUCUUCACUUCCGUUCUUAUUGGUUGGUUCCUUCUUGGUACCUACUGUUUCAAAGACAUGAUUCAGUUGUAGUAUAUGUUUCUCUUACUGGUACUUGUUCUACUUUGUAUAAAACUGUAAUACAUUCCAAGUUUAUGAAACAUUACAAUAUACUUUGUAUUUCGAUGAUAACGUUGCUUCUAUAGGACUUCUUAGUUCUUAUACAUGAGGUAUCAAUUUGUUAGAUAAUGGGGCAUGUAGCACCUUCAUGUCCCGUUUCUUAUUGACGCCCAGACUGUCUGUGU